AUGGGCAACGUCUGUGUGGGACCUAACGUUGGUGGGAAUGGGUUCUUGCAAUCGAUCACGUCCGUUUUCAAGAAAAACCCGCCGCCGGAGGGCAGGCUCCCGGCACCUAACGCCGACAAGGACAAUAAAAGCACGGAAAAUGCUGGGCCUGAUUCAUCUAGAGAUUCUGACGCUCCAAAGCAAGUUCAAAGUACACCACCUGAAUUGAUGAAAAUUCCCAGUGAUGAAAAACCAUCACCACCAGAAGCCGAAAGGCCUGCUAAACCUGAGAAACCUACUCAUGUUAAAAGGGUAUCGAGCAUGGGACUUCGAAUAGAAACGGUGCUAGGGAGGAAAACUGAGAAUAUAAAGGACUUUUAUAGUCUGGGGCGGAAGCUUGGACAAGGGCAGUUUGGGACAACAUACUACUGCCUGGAGAAGUCCACUGGAAAAGAGUUUGCUUGUAAAUCCAUUCUCAAGAGAAAAUUGAACACACAAGAGGAUAUAGACGAUGUCAGAAGGGAGAUUCAGAUAAUGCACCACUUGGCCGGUCAUCCCAAUGUGAUUCAGAUAAUUGAUGCUUAUGAGGAUGCUGUGGCUGUUCAUGUCAUCAUGGAACUCUGUGCUGGUGGAGAGCUUUUUGACAGGAUCAUACAGAGAGGGCACUACACUGAGAAAAAGGCGGCCGAGCUUGCAAGAGUAAUCGUCGGUGUCGUGGAGGCAUUCCAUACUAUGGGGGUCAUGCAUCGGGACUUGAAGCCAGAGAACUUUCUGUUCGUCGGCCAAGAGGAGGAGUCACAGCUGAAGACAAUAGAUUUCGGGCUCUCGGUGUUCUUCAGACCAGGUGAAACAUUCACUGAUGUGGUUGGGAGCCCCUAUUAUGUGGCCCCUGAAGUUUUGCGGAAGUUCUAUGGUCAGGAAUGCGAUGUCUGGAGUGCAGGGGUGAUCAUUUAUAUCUUGUUAAGUGGAGUUCCCCCAUUUUGGGACGAAACGGAGCUAGGCAUAUUUGACCAAGUUUUAAAAGGAGAACUUGACCUUGUCUCUGAACCAUGGCCCAGCAUCUCUGCAAGUGCAAAGGAUCUUCUUCGGAAAAUGCUUGUAAGAGACCCUAAGAAGCGACUAUCGGCACGUGAAGUUCUUUGUCAUCCUUGGUUCCAGACUGAAGGUUUUGCUCUUGAAAAACCACUUGAUUCUGUUGUUUUAACUCGUUUGAAGCAAUUUUCUGCCAGGACCAAGCUCAAAAAGCUCGCGAUCCGAAUAAUUGCUGAAACUCUGUCGGAGGAUGAAAUCGCUGGGUUGAAAGAAAUGUUCAAGAUGAUAGACGCAGAUAAUAGCGGACAGAUCACUUUUGAGGAAAUGAAAGUCGGUUUGGAGAGAGUGGGUGUUUCCAUGAAGGAUUCUGAAAUUAAUCGGAUAAUGCAAUCGGUAGACUUUGAUAAUAGCGGUACAAUAGACUACGGUGAAUUCGUAGCAGCUAUGAUUCAAGAAAACAAGGUCCAACAGGAGGACCGUCUAUAUACUGCCUUCUCCUAUUUUGACAAAGAUAACAGUGGGUACAUUACGCGAGACGAGCUCCAGCAAGCGUGUCAACACUUUGGUCUGCAAGAUGUUCAGUUAGAUGAUAUAAUCGCCGAAGUUGACCAGGAUAAUGAUGGGCGCAUUGAUUAUAAUGAGUUUGUUGCAAUGAUGCAAGACUGUGGUGUCGUCGAGCAUUAA